UUUAUCUGAGUAAACAACAGCUGCAAGAAAGUCAAAAAUGAAGAUUUUAUUGUCAAUUCUGAUUGUGGCUGCAGUGACUCUGUCCAGUCAAGCUAAAACUCGUGAAGAAAUGAAAGCAAAAUGGCAAGCAUUAGCAGCUGAAUGUCAAAAGUCAUCAGGAGCUUCAGACGAUGAUUUGGAAAAAAUCAUAACGCACGUAAAGCCUGAAACUCAUGAAGGAAAAUGCAUGAUUGCUUGUAUCUUUGAGACUAUGGGAGUUGUCAAAGAUGGCAAGAUCUGCAAAGAAGGCUUAGAAGCUUGGCAAAAAGAGUCUCCAAUACCAGCUGAAGUCAUUCAGACUGCAAUCACUGAAUGUGAAGAAAUAACUGACGCUGAUCAUUGUGAAGCAGCAACACAAAUUGGUCAUUGCUUUAAGGAUACAUUGAAGAAGGCUGGAUUAUUUCCUUAGGAUUAAGUGAAUUGUUGUUGGCUGUUAUAAGCGUAGGGCAUCGAGGGAGCCUUGGAAACAGCACAAAAUAUUUUUUUCGAC